GGUAGGCGGCACGCGAAUUUGAGUAUCAAUGCCGUUUCAGAUUCCGUUACAAAGCAUACAGUUUAAUGGCUGUAGCUGAUAGUUCAAAAAAUAGCUCAGAAACGAUCAGCACGUACAGUCGUACGCUGUUGUCACUUCAUGAAUGGGAUGCUAAUUCACCCCUGGGAAUUACCUACGUACGCCCCUGGACUAUGGUCACUACGGAUCAAAUCAAAGUUCGAAUUUCAAAGUGCGCAUUCAUCUUGUUGCAUUUUUAAUCCCCAAUUUGUUAUGAUAGGCAGAGGAAUAAGACUAUUAAGCAACAUGGCCAUGGCAAAUCCUCGUUUAGAUGGUAAAGUGGCCGUCGUCACAGCGUCUACAGAGGGAAUUGGUUUUGCUAUAGCCAAAAGACUAGCCCAAGAAGGUGCAAAAGUGGUGGUCAGCAGUCGCAAUAAAGCGAAGGUCGACGCCGCAAUAUCUCAACUGAAAAAAGAGGGGCUUGGUGAAAAGGUCAUUGGUGCAGUGUGCCAUGUUGGUAAAGCGGAGGAUCGAAAGAGAAUUUUUGAUGAAGCGGCCAAGUUAGGUGGGUUGGAUAUAUUGGUGUCGAAUGCCGGCGUCAGCCCGGCAAUGGGUCCCAUUCUUGACUGUAGUGAACAAGUAUGGGAUAAGAUUUUCGAAUUAAAUGUGAAAGCCGGUUUUCUGUUGGCGAAAGAUGCCAUGCCACACUUCAAGAAACGGGGAGGAGGAAAGAUUAUUUUCAUCUCGUCGAUUGGAGGCUAUCAGCCCAUUCCGUUUAUAGGUGCUUAUUGCGUGAGCAAAACUGCUCUUCUGGGUUUAACAAAAGUAAUUGCUAGUGACGUGGCAGGAGACAAUGUGACAGUGAAUUGUAUCGCCCCGGGCAUAAUUGAAACCAAGUUUUCCCAGCCACUUAUAAGCGAGGAGGCAAACCAAGAACACAUUGUGUCACUUACAGCUUUGAAAAGGCUUGGGAAACCGAAUGACGUAGCCGGUGUUGCGGCUUUCUUAGCAUCCAGUGAUUCAGAUUAUAUUACCGGAGAAACGAUCUUAGUAACCGGUGGAAUACCUGCAAGACUAUAAGGCGUAUUUUACACUUUAAUGUUCAUUUACAUAAGAGAAAUACAUAAAACUUUAGCCUACAA